AUGAGCUGGAAUGUGCCCUCUCUAUCAUUCACAGGGAGUGCUACUAGGGAUAUGGAGAGUGGAAACAUGUCAACAGUGACUGAAUUUAUCUUCACUGGGUUCCCACAGCUCCAGGACGGGAGUCUCCUGUACUUCUUUCCUUUACUGUUCAUCUAUACUUUUAUUGUUAUUGGUAACCUAUUGAUCUUUUUUGCUGUAAGACUGAACACUCGUCUCCAUAAUCCCAUGUAUAACUUUAUCAGUAUAUUUUCCUUUCUGGAGAUCUGGUAUACCACAGCCACCAUUCCCAAGAUGCUCUCUAACCUCAUCAGCGAAAAGAAGGCCAUCUCCAUGACGGGGUGCCUCUUGCAAAUGUAUUUUUUCCAUUCACUUGGAAAUUCAGAAGGGAUUUUGCUGAUUACCAUGGCCAUUGACAGAUAUAUUGCCAUCUGCAACCCUCUUCGCUAUCAGAAGAUCAUGACCCCUCGGCUGUGUGCUCAACUCUCUGCAGGCUCCUGCAUGUUUGGCUUCUUUAUCCUGCUUCCUGAGAUUGUGAUGAUUUCCACACUGCCCUUCUGUGGACCCAACCAAAUCCAUCAGAUAUUCUGUGACCUGGUCCCUGUGCUGAGUCUGGCAUGUACAGAUACGUCCAUGAUUCUGAUUGAGGAUGUGAUCCAUGCUGUGGCCAUUAUCCUUACUGUUCUAAUCAUUGCCCUGUCCUACGUACGAAUUGUCACUGUGAUCCUGAGAAUUCCCUCUGCAGAAGGUAGACAGAAGGCUUUUUCUACCUGCGCAGGCCAUCUCAUGGUCUUCCUGAUAUUUUUUGGCAGUGUGUCCCUCAUGUACUUGCGCUUCAAUGCCACUUACCCACCGCUUUUGGACACGGCCAUUGCACUGAUGUUUACUGUACUUGCCCCAUUCUUCAAUCCCAUCAUUUAUAGUCUGAGAAACAAGGACAUGAAGAAUGCAAUUAAAAAACUGUUCUGUCUUCAAAAAGUGUUGAACACGUCUGGAGGUUAA